AUGACUCUGUCGGACCUUCUGUUGGAAUCAGAAGAUCGCAGUUCUGAUCACAGUUCCAGACUUUCAGCUGCCAUAGCACAAAAGAACCAUGAGGAACGGGGCAUCCCGAUUAGCAGGCUGCCUGGACAGGAGUUUCUGGGGCUCACGGACGAGCAUCCGGAGCCCGAACUUCUAGCUACUUCUGUCGGAAAAGACAUCGACGGAAGACUUCUUCCCAGCUCGCUGACGAUCCUGUUGCUUUCGCUCAACGCCAACAACCUAGGAUCGAUAGGCCAGCUUCCACACAUUGUAGACCGCCGCAACUCCCACGGGCCGGCACUGCGGAACUCAUUGACCCACUUGCAUCACCAACGGCUCCAACCCUACCAUAAGCUCACGCAAGUGGGCCAGGAGUCCAACACUCAAAGCAUACCCAUGGUGAGAAACGCCGCCGGGAUGCUUUCUGCACCGGAUCUGCCAAAUUUGGAUCCCACGUCGCUCGGCAGCCUGCCGUCGAGAUUCUGGCUAGGCUCUCAAACGCCGCCAAAGUCGCUUUCGGGCUCCUGCAAACGCAGCUGUCUACAGUUUACGCAACUACAUCCACACAAUGCUCAACUACACAACGCCCAGGUUGGUCGCAGGACCAAUCGCGGAGACGAGCUGCCUACGCUACCGCCUGUCCAGACACCGAUGGAGGAUAUGCCCAUGACGCCGCUCCACCUCAAUCUGGAGGCCGAUUCGUACUUUGUGUAUGGCCAGCGAAGGGGCGUCUUCCAGUACGACGAGGACCCGGACAACCAACUGGAGCUGGACGAGAUGGAAAAUUAG